AUGUCAGUGACCAAUACUAUUGUGAUAUUUGGCACAGAAUACGCGGUAUGGCCUGCCUCCUACGGCAGGCCCAGUGGUGUGUUGGCCGGCGGGCAACUGCUCGUUCUGAUGAGCUUCGGCCAAAGCUCUUCGGAAUAUGCGAGCUUUGUUUACUCGCCAUCAACUUCGGUCUACGUGCCCAAGUUCGAUCAAGGGCCUGAACAGGAGACUGAGGGUGCCAGAUAA